ACGCGCUUCAUCUUCCCCGAGAGUCGCCGAGCGCGCGCACCAAAACGCAACAGCUGCACGACUUAAGAACUGAGAGGAUUGAUCUAAGAACCGAGACGAUUUAACGAUAUUGAUGACCACUGUCCGUCCAGCGUCGCCCGAGGAGGAAGCAACUCACGUAGAUGGCGAGCUGGUGAGCGUUAGUCCCUGGUUUUUCAGUCUAAGUGUAUCCGGACAUUCAGAGCUGGAAGGUGUUGUUGGUUUCCAGUUCAGGAUAGCCACAAGCACAAUUGCACCAUCAAUCGAAGAAAAUGCCCACUCACCCCUUACCAGCGUUUGCGGAGAGCCCAGAUGGACUCAGCCAAGAUGAUAUCAGCAGUCAUGCCAACAUGCCUGGGCCCCCUGGUUCUAGCAUGACGCCUCACAGCCCAACAUUAGAAAAAGCUGUGAUGCAAACCAAACAAUGUUUGCCAGUCUCCUGCAUGUUCUGUGAUGAGAGUUUUCAUCAGCAGGCAGAUCUCGGCCCCCAUGUCCUAAGCCAACACCCCACCACAUUUUUUGAACCAUCUGUUCUAUGCGUAGAGGCCGAGUUCCGCAUCACGGAGGACAAAGAACGACCCGUGCUGUUUACCCAACCUAGGGAUAAGGAUGAAGCGCUCAGCUGCAUUUUGUGUGGUCAGGUGUCCCGGGAUGCUAGUGAGCUGGAGAACCACCUGCGGAAGCACAAGGACUACUUUACCUACUGCUGCACUGUAUGUGGACGGCGUUUCAGAGAGCCCUGGUUCCUGAAGAACCACAUGAAGAUGCAUGGAAGCAAGUCUGGAGCUAAAAAGGCCCAACACGACCUGGAGACCCCUAGCACAAUCAAUGGUGCUACUCAGGGUCUGAACACUCAGCCAGUAGUCACCCUUUAUAAAAUGUGCAUGGUUUGUGGAUUUUUCUUCCCUGAUCACAAAAGUUUGGCCGAGCAUAGUAAAGUACACAAUCGAGAUGGGGAGUCUGGUAGAGAUAACAUGGUGGCAUUCCAGGGUGAUGGCCCCAAGUCCCAGAAUGAACAAGAAACUUUUCUUGAGAGUCUCACGCUAAGGCCACGCUCUGUAGUACAGAACGUACAACCAGAAAGGACAUCCAAAUGGAUUCCCCAGCUAGACCCAUUUAAUACAUAUCAAGCUUGGCAACUAGCUACUAAGGGGAAGAUAGCAGUUGGUCCAAAUAACACAAAAGAUUUGGGGUUGGAUGUCAGCACGGACAAUGAAGACGGCAACUCCGAUAAAGAGGAGUUGGGUAAUAUAUGGACUGAGAGUCAAGCAGACAAGUCCAUAAAAGAGGGCCUGGGCAAAGAGCUGCAGCCCCAAAGGCAGAAUACGGUUGGGACGCCAUCUCCUGAACCAGACCACAGGUCUCUCAUCCAAGGAGACAAAUCAAGGCCAACCACAUGUGAGGAAUGCGGACGACAUUUCAGGACCUAUCACCAACUGGUCCUGCACUCGAGGGUCCACAAAAGGGAAAGGGAAGGGGGGAGCCCCAGUGCUGAUGGGAAGUUAUCCAAAGCAGGUACACUGGACCACACAGAGGAGGGCUUGGAGGAUGGUUCUGAGGAGGCAGCCGUUUCAGAAGCCGUGGGGCCAGGGGAGUUCGGAUUUGACAGAUCAAAAGUCAGAUCAAGGCAAUGUAGUUACUGCUCCAAAACGUUCCGGUCAAGCUAUUACCUCACUAUUCACCUCAGGACCCACACAGGCGAAAAGCCAUUUAAAUGCAGGUACUGUGACUAUGCAGCAGCACAGAAAACGUCACUGAAGUAUCACCUUGAUCGACGCCAUAAAGAACAAAUAUUAAGGGAAUUCCCAAGCAGACCUGUGUCUCCUGCGCCGUCGCCAACCGAUAAAGAGUUUAGAGAGAAUGGAAGGGUCCCAGUUAGAGCCAAACUGUGGGUGCCUGUGCCUAAACCAUACUCCAAUAGCAAACCAGAAAACGUACUGGAUGGUGAUGUAGACAAGGUUCACAAACUGAUGGGUCAAGUUAAAAUACCAGUAGAGAAGGUAACUAAUGGGCCUGAUUCCAAAACUGCUGACACAUCAAUAACUUGCCCCGUACCCAUUAACUUGAUGAAGAAGCCGGAGACGGAAGACGAAAGCUCUGAUGCUCCAUUGAAUCUUUCUUUAAAGGUCACCAUCAACAUGUCGACAAGUUCUCAACACCAGAACGCAUUGAUUCCAAAUUUCUGUACAUCCUGCACAUUCAAAACACUGUACCCCGAAGUUUUGGUGAUGCAUCAAAACCUUAUUCAUAAAGAUCGGUCAGACAUGACUAAAAAGAGCAGAUCCAGUCUGAAACUCAAGCGCUUAACAGGCUGUCCCCCUGCCCUUGAAGGAAAUGAUGUCACUCCACUCUGUAUGAUGGACAGGAGACACCCCCGUCGAACCAGGUCCCCAACACCCCAGGCUGGCAAAGCGGAUGACAAGACUCCCUCAGCGCCCCCAGUCAUUGCUCCCAAAUGCUCCCCUAUGCAUGUACCCACACAGAAGGUGGCCCCAGAGAUGCAGAGAUAUGGGGCAAAGAUGGAACAACAACGACAACAACUCAAUCAGGAAUCUUCUCGGUUUACAGAAGUGGAGAAGAAGUCCAGUAACAAUAAGCAUGCAAUGGAGCCAUACCAUCCAUCGGACAGAGUAGGGAUUGGCGAGAGAAGUUAUCCGGUGAGACCUGGGGUCAUGUGGCACUCUAAUGCGGCCAGGCUCUGUCUCUCAAGCCGCUUUGGGAGCCUCCCCCAGAUGGACUUGGGUCAACCCUCGAACAAGAGACUCAAGUAUUGCCUCCCGCCGGGCAGGGAGACUGACCCCGUUGAGAAGCAUGACUUUAGGGUGCCAAACGUUGAUGGAGCCAACCAACUGCUUGGCUUGAGGAGAACCAUGAAGACGUCAUCCCAAAGUUCUUCUGCCGCCACUGUCUCUGAGGUCACGGGUCCAUCAAAGUCUCUACCUGUGGGUGGAGGCAGCAUGGAUACCGACUGGAAUAUAAUGAACAUCCUGCGAUCCUGUUCCCCGGCUGAUUUAGCCACACUCUACCAUGGUAACCCGGCAUUCCCAAGCCAUGGAGGGCAGGCCCAUCCCAGAGCUGGAAGCAGAACUACUCACUACCAACAUCUACCGAGUCUGCCCCAUCUUCAGAGGCUCGAGCAUCCUGCCAAAUUCACUGGGGAACGUUAUGGCAAUGCGGACAAGAGUUAGUAAUAUAUCACCAAGGUAAACUGUUAAGAAAACUGCUGAACUAGACUAAAUCCUAUCUGGAAUCUUUCUUGUUUCCAAGCUGCUUCGCUACAGUACACAACUUUAGUCAUUCAACAAAGUCGAAUCCAUUUAUUUUCUUCCAUGUUUUUAAAUGCAAAUAAAGCAUUGAGAAACUUAGGAGGGUUUGUAUUCUAGGAUUCGAGGCGGAAGGAUGGUCUUAUCUUUAUUUCUUACCCUCACUUAUUAUUACUUAAUUUUAUUUUGUGUAUAAGAAAGAUAGUUUUUCACAAGCUGUCUAGAACUCAGGCAAUGUUUAAAGUAGAGCAUUUUUUCCUCUGAAUGUUAAGACAUGCAUUACUUGUUUGAAUACAAGGUUCCCUAUGCCUAUUGCCGCUAGAACUCUACAACUGUGAAACUCCAUUUCCAUCAUUACCUUUUUUUAAUGUGGGAGAGAAUUUUGUUUAAAGCUUGUAUUAGUAUUUGCAAUAGUUGGGUAUUUUUAUUUAUGCUGUAUGUCAGAUCAUUGUGCAGCACUCCAGCACUGUUCUUCCCCAAAGCACUGAAUGGUUGGGGUUUAUUAUUAUUUUGGUUCCAGUGGGUUACCAACAGGCUACAGCAAACUGUUAAAAUGUUAGUUUAUGUGGUCUACCUCAGUUCAGAGACUUGACACUGUUAUUUUGUAAAGCUGUUCGAGCUUUCAUGUCGACUGUUCAGUCGUCACUUACCCAGACGUUCUUUAUCUGGGUAAGUGCCAGAUGUUUAUGUGUUGUCAUUUGAUGGGCUUCUCCUGGAAAAAACAAUAUACUGUUGUGCCUCUUCAGCUGUGAAUUCUGUACCAACUAUCGGAGGGAUUGAUGUUUUUGGACCGAUGUACAGUGCUUUUAAGUACUCGCCAAUAUUUUGCAACGUCUUGUAAGUAUUACCGUCAUGUGUUCAACAAUUUUGUUUUCCUGAUUGGUCCCUAAUGAUUUAUUUUGGAAAGACUAAUGGGCUGUCAAUAUGUACUCAUGGAAUUAAUGACUCAAAACAUUGUACACUGUGAAAGAGAAAAGUCUCAGGUUCAGCAAAACGUACUAACAAAUUGGAUGCAUCUGUUGUUAAUUAGUAUGUUUUCCAACAAAUAAAGCUUUGUGUUAAGUUA